AAACGACUGUCCUCUUAAGUGGGGAACAGACUCAGUCAGAGCACAGCUAGCAUGAUCCAUUGUGUCAAAGUUCUUAGGUAAUAUUGGAUCAGGGUACAGUGAUAGUUAUCAGACUCUCACUGCCGGUAGCAGGAUGCUGAAAUAUGUGCUGUUUGGGGUGGGUGGAGUGGUAACAUUUGUGGUGGGCAUUCUCAUCGGACACUUUGGCAUCCAGACAAACAACUCUGUCCCUGAAUGGGUCUCCACACUCUCCAAAGAUGUGGACGAAAGUCUGAUUGAAAAGUUCAUUGCCGAAGUGGACAACUUGGAGAUUCAGGAGAAUCUCAGAGAGCUGACUAAAGUCCCUCACAUGGCGACCACUGCAGGAGAUGAGAAGACCGUCGAGUUCAUGUUGAGAAGAUGGCAGGACUCUGUGAGUGGCCUGGACCAGGCCUGGAGAGAGGACUACAAGGUCUAUCUGUCUUUCCCAAACCAAACCCAACCCAAUAAAGUGACUGUAGUCAGUGCCUUAAAUGUUGUCCAAUACACGGCCCGUGAAAAGGAAAAGGUCUAUAAACCAGACCAGGAAGACCCAGAGGUGGUUCAGCCAUAUGCAGCCUAUGGGCCUCCUGGCCAUCCAAAGGGGAAGCUUGUAUAUGCCAAUCAAGGUAAAGCCAGUGAUUAUGAGCACCUGAACAAGACAGUGGACCUUCGAGGUACAAUUGCCAUUGUCAGAUAUGGUGGUGCAGGAAGAGCAGCAAAGGCAAUCAAUGCUGCACCGUUUGGAGUUCUCGGGGUGUUAGUCUACACAGAUCCUCUUGACAUCAAUGAUGGCAUAAUGUCGGACAUAGAUGAGACUUACCCUCACUCGUGGUACCUCCCUCCCUCUGGUGUGGAGAGAGGAUCCUUCAACACAGACUUUGGCGAUUUACUGACACCCUACUUAGCAGCUAAAGAGGACACCUACAGAAUUCCAAAAGAAGACAUAACAGGCAUUCCUCCUAUCCCAACUCAGCCCAUCGGUUUUGAGGAUGCUUAUGCUUUAAUCUGUGAACUUGGUGGGGACGCAUCUCCACCUGAAUGGAGAGGAGCAUUCAACUGUUCAUACAACUUGGGAGGGCCAGGAUUUCAAUCUUCCUCUAAAUUUAACAACAGUGAUGUAAAGCUGGAUAUCUACAACCGAGAGGAACUGAAGAACUCAGCUAAUGUGAUGGGUGUGAUACGAGGGAGUGUGGAGCCAGACAGGUAUGUCAUCUACGGAAACCAUAGAGACAGCUGGGUGCACGGAGCCAUAGACCCCAGCAGUGGCACCUCCGUCAUGUUAGAGAUCACCAGAGUACUGGGCAAGAUGGUGAAGGAAGGCAAAUGGAGGCCUCGUCGGUCCAUCAUCUUUGGGAGCUGGGGAGCUGAGGAGUUCGGCCUCAUUGGCUCAGCAGAGUAUACAGAGGAGUACUACAGUAAGCUAUUUCAGCGUACUGUUGCCUAUAUUAAUGUGGACAUCUCUGUAUUUGCCAAUGCCACGCUCCGCGCCUCGGGGUCCCCCUCGGCCCAGAGUGUCAUCUUCACUGCCGCGAAGCAGGUAAAAACUCCUGGAUCUGACUCAACAUCAGUGUACGAUAACUGGAUUCGCUAUUUCAAUCGUACCAGUCCCACUUACGGACUUAUACCAAGCGUUGGAUACCUGACAGGAGCAGGAAGUGACUACGCUGCCUUCAUGCAUUUCCUGGGUAUUACCUCAAUGGACUUUGCCUACACCUAUGAUAGGAGUAAAACUAAGGCCCGCAUCUACCCAGCCUAUCACACAGCGUAUGACACCUUUGACUACUCAUCUAAGUACAUUGAUCCAGGUUUCACCAGUCACCAAACAGUUGCCAGGACAGCAGGGAAUGUUUUGCUGCGUCUAGCCGAUAGCCUCUUGUUGCCAUUCAACUGUCGUGACUAUGCUGAGAGUUUGGAAGGUUACCUCAAUGUGGCCCUGACAAACUUCAAGGACGAGUUAGCUGCACGUUUGAUUUCAAUGGAACCACUGAGUCAAGCUGUAACUAGGUUCCGCACCGCAGCUGACAAGCUGAACAGUGUCAUCCAAGAUCUUGACCUUUCAAAAGUGACGCCUCUUGAGGUUCGUAAGAUCAACGACCAACUGAUGCUGCUGGAUCGAGCUUUCCUGGAUCCUCUGGCAUUUCCUGACAAAUAUGGAUUUAGGCACGUGAUCUGGGCUUCAAAAUCCUCAGGAUUAGCCACCUUCCCUGGACUCGCAGAUGCCUUUCAGCGUGCCCAGAACACCGGCCUACCGGCCGACUGGAGUCAGGCCCAUAAGCACCUGUCCAUCCUGGUCCAGGCUAUUGCAGGGGCCGCCAGCACUAUAGAGGAUGUCAUGUAAUGAUGCUACAUGACGUCUAGUCCACUUUUUUACUGAGUGGGGCGCAUGGAACUCCUUCUGUGAAGCAAGGAGGUCACCGCUACUCCAGCUGAGAGGGAUUGUUAAAGGUGACCAUUUUGGUUAAAAAAACUGUUGAGUACAAAUAUCAAAAACAUUUUGCCACUAUCGAGGACCUCACCUUUAAGUGGUCAGUCUUUCAUAUGUGCAGAAUAUUCAAAUAGAUUCUUUGAAUAAUUAUUUUUGAUGUUUUUUCCAGUAUGAUGAUGAUAGAAUCCAAAUUCCUUUUCAACACUCCUUAAAUUAAAUAUUGUUAAACCGUUUGAAACCAUUUUCUUUUAACUGCCAUGUGAUAGUCACAAAAAUCACUUAAUUACAGCUAAGACAUGAUGGCUGUAUAUUCAAUUUCUAUAUAUAUAAUAAAGUGUCUAAAGCUUG